CACUGCAAGACUCUAAUGAUGACUCACUUUAUAGGUAAAAUCAUUUGCAAAUAUGCAAAGUAUGUUCAUUAAACUAAAACCUCUUUGUCCAAACCAUCUGCAUAGCUCUGAGAUCAGAAGAGCUAAAGCUAUUUUUUAAAAUGAAUGCUUCAAAAGAACUUAAACUUCCUUGGCUAAAGUAUUACUCCUAGCACUAAAGAUAGUACGAUACACACCUCAAAAGGGAAAUGUACUAUUGUACGAAAUUCUAACUGAAAGACCUAAGACUUGGCUUGACCUCUCCUAUGACAGACUAUACUCUGGUAUAUUCAUAUCUUUUUAGAAAUUAUCAGAUAACAGGUGUUCGCAGCCGCCGUCGUGCUGCCUCUCACUCGCCGAGCUCCAGCCGAAGGAGAAGGGGGGUAAGUAAGGAGGUCUCUGUACCAUGGCUCAUACAAAGCAGACUGCCCACAAAUCGACGGGUGGUAAAGCACCCAGGAAGCAACUGGCUACAAAAGCCGCGUGCAAGAGUGCGCCCUCUACUGGAGGGGUGAAGAAACCUCAUCGUUACAGGCCUGGUACUGUGGCGCUCCGUGAAAUUAGAUGUUAUCAGAAGUCCACUGAACUUCUGAUUCGCAAACUUCCCUUCCAGCGUCUGGUGCGAGAAAUUGCUCAGGAUUUUAAAACUGAUCUGCGCUUCCAGAACGCAGCUAUCGGUGCUUUGCAGGAGGCAAGUGAGGCCUAUCUGGCUGGCCUUUUUGAAGACACCAACCUGUGUGCUAUCCAUGCCAAACGUGUAACCAUUAUGCCAAAAGACAUCCAGCUAGCACGCUGCAUACGUGGAGAACGUGCUUAAGAAUCCACUAUGAUGGGAAACAUUUCAUUCUCAAAAAAAAAAAAAAAUUCUCUUCUUCCUGUUAUUGGUAGUUCUGAACGUUAGAUUUUUUUUUUCCAUGGGGUCAAAAGGUACCUAAGUAUAUGAUUGAGAGUGGAAAAAUAGGGGACAGAAAUCAGGUAUUGGCAGUUUUUCCAUUUUCAUUUGUGUGUGAAUUUUUAAUAUAAAUGCGGAGACGUAAAGCAUUAAUGCAAGUUAAAAUGUUUCAGUGAACAAAUUUCAGCGGUUCAACUUUAUAAUAAUUAUAAAUAAACCUGUUAAAUUUUUCUGGACAAUGCCAGCAUUUGGAUUUUUUUAAAACCAGUAAAUUUCUUAUUGACGGCAACUAAAUGCUGUUUGUAGCAUUUUUAUCAUACAGUAGAUUCCAUCCAUUCACUAUACUUUUCUAACUGAGUUGUCCUACAUGCAAGUACAUGUUUUUAAUGUUGUCUUUUCUGUGCUGUUCCUGUAAGUUUGCUAUUAAAAUACAUUA